AUGCAAAACAAGAUCCCCACUUCUGGUCCACCAUCAAAGAAGAUCUCAACUCAUCCACCCAUACAAAAACGAGCCAUGCAAGGGCAACGAAACACAGAGAAAACAACAACGAUUCCUUCAGAAAAACCAAUCAAUCACAAAUUAUCAGCACCCAAUGUUCCUCGGAAACCACCACCAACAACAACCACCAUCAUACAACCGAGCAACAACUCACCCAAAGCACCCGUUGUAAGAUAUCACAAUAUUGAUGACGAUGAAGAUCCAGAAGAUGAAAUAUAUGUUCAAAAACCCUUGCCAUAUAAUAAUCAAAGAGAAACAGUUGUACCACCACAUGUACCAUCAUUAUCAACAAACCCUAGAGUAAUUGUAAAUAAUAUUAUAGGACAAAACGAACAAUUUUGUAGUCACAAACAAUUAUGCAAAACAACAUCAAAGCCAUCGCUACCACCACCACAAACGAACACCACCAAAUCAAACACUCAAACCAAAACAUCCAUAAUCCCUCACUCACCUCAAUUAAUGACUAGAGAUGAGCACCAAUUUAAAAAAAGCUCUGCAAAUACGGAGUCUUUGGAUGCCCUUACCAACCAGUUUAAGAGACUUGGAGUUUUUCCUGUAAAUCAACAAGAAUAUUCUACUUGCAACAACUUCUCGGAAGAGUGGAUGAGAAAAAAGAAAAGCAGCUAUUGA